GCGUACGUGACAGUACCGGCGGCCACGUUGUUUUCCCGAAGGAGAGUGACCGGCAGCCAUGGCGUACGUGACAGUACCGGCGGCCACGGCGGAGAUGGACCGCGCCUUCUCCCAUCUCCUGCCGCUGCCGGGCUUCCGCUUCCACCCCACCGAUCAGGAGCUCGUAAGCUUCUUCCUCCGUCGCAAGGUCCUCCUGGGACACGGCGGCUUCAUCCCGGAGGUGGACCUCUACAAGUUCGAGCCCCACCACCUACCAGGCAAAUCAUUCUCACCGAGCACAAGCGACCCUGGGGCCAAAGUUGAGUGGUACUUGUUCGCGCCGAGGGGGCGGAAGUACCCAACCGGGCUUCGCAUGGAACGGGCGACGCCCAGAGGGUUCUGGAAGUCCACCGGGAAGGACCGCCCCGUCAUGCACAACGGCAUCAUCGUCGGCAUGAAGAAGACACUUGUGUUCCACAUCGGCAAAGCACCUAGCGGCACGCGGACAAACUGGGUCAUGCAUGAGUACCGUCUCCACGGCCAGCACAUCCAAGACACAUACGCGUUGUGUCGGGUCUUCAACAAGAACAUGGCGUCCCCGUCGACGAAUGCGUCCGGUGAUGCCGACACAGAUGAGGAUCUAACGCAAUUCGUGCCCGGUGUCAUCGACAUAGGCAAGGAUCCGAUGGAUUAUGUGUGUGGCGAUGCCGACUUGGGCCAGGAUCCGAAGCACUUCAUGCUUGGUGGUGUCGAGACGGACAUGGAUCUCAUGCAAUCUAUGCUCGAUGGAAUCGGGACAGACAAGGAUCCCAUACAGGUCCAAGCUGAGUCCGAGGAUAUGAUGCAGUUUGCAUUCGGUGGCAUGGGCACAUACCAGAACCCCAUACAGAUCGAGUCCGAGGUCGAUGGUGUUGACACUGACGAGGGAGAGAAGCAGUUCCUCACCGAUGGCGACGACACGGGCAAUGGAGAGAUGCAGAUUCUCGCUGAUGGGGCCAACAAGGAUCAAGAAGCGAUGCAGCCUAUGACCGGCGGCACCAGCGUGGAUGGGGACAACUCUGGACACUCCUGGUACACCAAUUACCUCGCAGAAGAGAAUAACUCAUGGACGCAGUCCCCCUUCGACGACUUCUUGUACACUAGCUAGGGGCGAUAUGGGGAUGAUUCCUUAAUAUAGUUCAUCUUGGGCGAUGAGAAGACUCAUACUCCAUUAUCUAUAUAUGGGUUGAUCGUUGAGUCAUAUGUUGUUGUAUUUUCCUUUUUAUGUUUAUUAAAUAAAAUUUUCUAGAGUCCUUUGU